CUUCUUCCUAAUAGCGGAGAAGAAAGAGUAAAAUUGAACCCGAGAGUAGGGGAGAAACCUGUACAGAUGCUCUGGUCUCCGUCAAAACAUGGAAUGAAGUAUAUUCCCCAUUUCCCAUCCUCCCAAAUAUUCUUAUUCAGAGAUUUGAGAGCUUUUUUAUAAACACUUACUUUCCAGAAAGCAUUCAUCUCUUCGCUUUUUCGAAGGGCGUAUGAGGGUAUCAUCAUUUUAACGUCGUUUCGCCGGAAUAUUUGAUCUCCGAACCGGACGGAUCAUGAAGUUCUGGAAGAUCCUCAGCAACCUGAUCGAGCAGACUUUACCCGAUUGGCAGGAUAAGUUCCUUUCCUACAAAGAUUUGAAAAAACAGCUGAAGCUUAUAUGCCCAAAAGAUGGCGACGUUCUGCCCACCAAACGCCCGAAAUUGGAUGGCGAGGCGGAGCUCACCAAAGAGGUUAAUGACUUUCUUAAGCUUCUGGAAGUCGAGAUAGACAAGUUUAACUCUUUUUUUGUUGAGAAGGAAGAAGAAUAUGUCAUCAAAUUGAAGGAGUUGCAAGAUAGAGUUUCUAAGGCUAAGGAUUCAAAUGAAGAAUUGGUGACAGUAGGGAGGGAAAUAGUGGAUUUUCAUGGAGAGAUGGUUUUGCUAGAGAACUAUAGUGCACUUAAUUACACAGGUCUGGUGAAGAUAAUAAAGAAAUAUGAUAAGCGAACUGGUGCAUUAGUUCGCUUGCCUUUUAUCCAAGAGGUCCUGAACCAACCCUUCUUCAAAAUUGAUGUGCUUGACAAACUUGUAAAGGAGUGUGAGGUGAUGCUAGGUUAUAUUUUUCCCAAAAGUGAGGCUCCUGGUGAAUCCUCUUCCUUUGGGGAGGAAGAUGGGUGUGGUUCCAUGACAGGGACUGGAAACGAAAAUAAAGAGACACUGAAGCAGGCUCCCAAGGAACUUGCUGAAAUCGAGCACAUGGAGAACGUGUACACCAAGCUAACUUUACAAGCGCUCCGGACUUUAGAUGAGAUUCGUGGUGGAAGCUCUACUGUGAGCAUCUUCUCAUUGCCUCCUUUGCACAAAAAGUUUUUGGAGGAGGAUUGGAAGAAAAUCACUGCUCUUGAGCAAGAAGCCAAGUAAAUUCAUCAACAUAGUUUUCCAUGGUAAGAACCCGCCCAAAAUGAAAUUUGGAGAGACAAGCAUUCUUGCCGCAAUCAAGACAUCAACAUAUCCUCCUCCUGUAGAUUCCAUUUGAAUUUGUUAGUUUGCAAGGAUGGUAAUAUAUGCUUGUGACUUUUUGUUAUGCCUUCUCUCUCUCGAUUGACCUUUUGUUAUGCUUCCUAAUCUGGGGUAUUGUGCUUUAUUUGUGCCAGUUGUUAAAUAUCCUUAUCUAAUGGAAAGUAAAUAAGAAUAUGGAUGCGCUCAUAUUUCAUUUUCA